AUGAAACAAGCCCAGACACUCCAGGUUUUGGAGAGUGUGGAUGAACUUCUGUUCAAGUUGUGCGUGUUGCGUGGUCUCACUGAUAAAAGAGGAGAAGUGUUUCUACUCGGAGAUAAAGUCUUUCUCGCCAUCGAAAUACUGGCACCUCAAGAAUCAUCACCAUGGAAACCCCUUUGUGACCUGUUACCAUGUGCUAUAUGUCUCUCUCCUAACCAAUGUCUGCAAAAUGACGAGGUUGAAACUGACUCAAAGCGAGUCAUUGGCCCAGAUCCAAUUAUCGUUCAAAGUCCUGAUUAUCAGAGGUCUUUUCACUACCUGGAGGCCUUAAAUAAAAAGAGAGACCUAACUGAAUACAAUGCUAACAACAAACAACAGGAUUGCCGCUUGAUCCUUCGGGUUCUAAAACGCAACAGUGGACUCCAAAAUCCGACUUGGGCUCAAAUCACGUUCUUUGCGAGGUUUCUUAACAUGCAGCUCAUUGCUUGCGAAAAAAAUUAUUUUCAGCAAACUCAAGAGUUCGUAGAAAUUAAGAAUUUUUUUAUUAAGCACUGUCUGGUUGAAAUGGCCAACGAUUUUGCUCUUCCAAGUUUGAGCAUCGCUGACGACUCGCCAUUGUUCGGUCUCAAUGGAAGCACUAGCAACUACGAGUUACAUCAGAUUCGAAGACGAUGGGAAGACUCCCCACAGCCAUACGUCAUUGUCAACCCCGACCAGAUGACUUUCACUUUUCUAGGAGUCCAGAAUAACAAUUCCAAUUUACUUGGCUGGAGUAAAAAAUUGCUGGCUGAGAACGUGAUGAGCGGAGAAGAUCAGGGCAUGAUAAAGCGGAAGGAUGUCUUGAGUGAAGACUUUGACGAGCUUGACUUGGGAGAAAAACAAAUCAAGUUGUGUCGUGUGUUAGGACUCGAACCUAGUCAGAUCCAGUUUGAUGCAACGUAUGAGCUAACCCAGGACAAUGUCCUGAAACUGCUGGCGAUUUAUAUGAGGUUCAGAUGCAACAUUCCGGUGGUUAUCAUGGGUGAAACGGGCUGUGGGAAAACUAGAUUGAUUGAGUAUCUGUGCAACAUAAUGGCCAGAGGAAAGAACGCAGAAAACAAAAAAAUUGUGAAAAUUCACGGUGGAACUACGAUACUAGACAUCGUGAAAAGCGUAGAAGCAGCUGAAAAAUUAGCCGCUGAAAAUCGCAAUAAAUUUGGCGGUGAAUUUUUUACGGUUUUGUUUUUUGAUGAAGCAAACACAACAGACGCAAUAUACGGAAUCAAAGAAGUCCUUUGCGAUUUUAGUGUAAAUGGCCGAAAUCUAGAUAUGACGUCGGGACUCAAAGUCGUUGUUGCCUGCAACCCAUAUAGAAAACAUGAUGAAGAAAUGAUAAGAAAACUUGAAUCACAAGGACUCGGGUAUCAUGUCAAGUCUUCCGCAACGAGCGACAAGUUGGACUCUGACAUCCCGAUGCGUCACUUGGUGUACCGGGUGAACCCUCUUCCUCCGAGUUUGCGCCCAUUGAUCUGGGAUUUCGGACAUCUGAACAGUGAAGUUGAAAACAAGUACAUAAAACAGAUAGUUACAAACAGGGCAAGUGGCGUCGAUCUGAAUCAGAUGGAUGUUAACUUUAUCUGCAACGUAUUGUGGGAGUCACAGAAGUAUCUGCGAAGGAAUCGAGACCAAUGUUUGUUCGUGAGCUUGCGAGAUAUAGAGCGAGCGAUGACCGUACUAGGAUUUUUCUAUUCAAAACGGAUAAUACUUUUUCCGCAAAUGGAUGAACUAAUUCGAAAUACGAACAGACAUGCGGUGAAAAGUCAAGUGACAAGGUUGAUGAUUCUUACACUUGGAGUCUGCUAUCAUUCAUCGUUAGAUGAUCGAAGGAGCUACAGAGAGGCAAUUGAAAAAUGCUUCACUGGACGCUAUAAACUUCCAAAUGGUUCAAUGACUAUAUUGAGCGAAAUAGAAACUUGCAUGCAAAUUUUCAUGCAGAAUAUCACUUUAGACGCAAAAGCAAACAUAGCAAAGAACUUUGCAUUAACAGAGAACGUUUUCAUGAUUAUAAUUUGCAUCGAAUUGAGGAUCCCUCUGUUUUUGGUGGGCAAACCAGGCAGCUCCAAAUCCUUGGCUAAAACGAUUGUAAUGGACGCGAUGCAAGGAGAUAGUUCGCGAAAUGAGCUUUUUCGGAAUUUGAAACACGUUCAGAUGCUCUCGUUUCAGUGCUCGCCACACACGCACGCUGAAGGUAUCAUCAGUGUUUUCAGGCAGGCUGCUAUGUAUCAGAGAGGAAAGAGCUUGCAACAGUUCACGAGUGUUGUAGUCCUGGACGAAAUUGGUUUGGCCGAGGACUCGGCUAAGAUGCCCCUGAAGACCCUGCAUCCUCUUUUAGAGGAGGGCUACGUGGAGCCAGAAUCAGAGAAACAGGACUGGGGGAAAGUGGGCUUCAUCGGAAUUUCCAACUGGGCCCUUGAUCCAGCCAAAAUGAAUCGGGGAAUUUUUGUCAGCCGAACAAUUCCAGAUUCCGAGGAGCUGGUCAAAAGUGCACGAGGCAUUUGUCGAGUGGAAAACGAGGGAAAAGCGUUGGAUAACUUAAUUCAACCGCUGGCCGACGCAUACCAAAAAGUGUACCGUUCCCAAAUCCAGAAUGAGAAUGCCGAAUAUUUCGGCUUGAGAGAUUUUUAUGGCCUGUUGAAACUGCUCUACAGAUUUCUACUGUCAGAGAGAACUCUUAUGUGGCCUACUGUACGAUGUGCGAUUAGACGCAACUUUGGAGAAAAAGGGAGUCGUUGUGUGCAAGUGUUUGCUGAUGAAUUAUUGCAAAAGGGAGUAUUCGAAGACACAAGCGUGAGUGAUGCGGUCGACACUUUAGAGUUAGUUCAUCAGAACAUCAGAGAAGCGGAUGAGAGGUCCAAAUUGACGAGCGAGGAACGAAAACUAAACAACGAAAGCCGAUACUUGUUACUAAUGACCGAGAAUUUCUCAGCACUUCAUUUAGUAUCCGAGGUUCUGAAGUUGAACGAUUAUGAAGUAAUUUUCGGAUCCUCAUUUCCCCGAGAUCAAGAGUACAUUCAGGUAUGCAAGAACAUCAACCGAAUCAAAGUGUGUAUGGAAAGAGGAACCACUGUGGUUCUAUUGAACUUAGGCUCUCUUUACGAGUCUUUGUACGAUGCUCUGAACCAGUAUUAUGUCUACUACGGAGGUAAAAGGUACGUUGAUCUUGGUUUGGGAACCAAUAGAGUCAAGUGUAGUGUCUCUGAGAAAUUCAGACUCAUCAUGAUUGAAGAGGAAAAGACUGCCAGACAGUUCCCGAUUCCACUUUUGAACCGACUGGAAAAACAUUUCUUAGGCAUGGAAUCGGUACUGAACUCAAACUUAGCGAAACUGCGAGAGAAACUCAUUGAAAAUUUGCAGGAGUUUUCACAGGUACCCCGAACGGACAAGGAGACUUGCUCGUUUUAUAUCAGGGACGCUUUUAUCGGGUAUAAAAAAGACACGACAGCUUGUGUUUUAAUACAAGCUGAAAUUAGCCUAAAAAGACAAGCUGAAAUCGAGGAGCUGAAAAGCAUUGGACCUACAGAUGAAGAAAUACUGGAGACAGCCAGCCUCAAGCUUGUUCAAACUUGUUCGAUUGAUGCCAUAAUUAGGUCCAACUGUGAAUUAUCGUCUUUCAACUCCCUGAAGUUGAUGGAAAUUUAUGAUUCUCAAGGACGAAAAAAUUUGUCUGAUUUUUUAAUGCGACAGUGCUACCAAAACAAAUCAGCGUCUGAAUUGAUCGAAAUUUCAACCUUCUGUAGAAUUCCCUCAGCCACAAACAUCAAAGAUUGUAACCAGAAUUUGAUGCUAAAUGAGCAACCACCAAGCACCCAAGAAAGACAUUGUGUGAUUGACGUGAACCUGUUUAAAACAGAUAUUGAGUUUGGCCAAAAAGUGAAAGACUUUUAUCGAACGGCAGCUUUACCGAUGUAUGCUAGUUUGACAAAAAUACUCUUUGUCUUGUGCUCCAACGGUCAAAACUCCGUGGCUCUUAUCGCAUCGGCGAAAUACAAACUUCAGAACCUGCAUGCCGACUACAAAAUUCCUAAUAUGUAUACAUUGUUCAUAGUUCAGCUACCAAGGAAUUGGUAUGAGUCGGAUUACAGUAGCUUCUCGAUGGGAAAAUGGGAGAGUUUUCACAUCGACGAGCUCCUGAGAGAAGAACCUCAAAUUCUUUCCGAAGUUGCGCUGUUACAGAAUCGAACCUUGAAGGACAUUUUUGUUCUCGAAAACGGAGAAUGCAGUAUGUUGCAGAAAAAACUGCUGCGCGAAGUUAUUUAUGACGUCAUUGGGGACGAUUCGGACGGCGACCGAAUUCAGAAAGUGACAAAUGUUUACCGAUUGUUGAACGAACAGAAGGACGCAAGUCUUGAGUCUGUUUUCCUGGGAAAAAUUAGUGCUUUCAUUGAGGCUUCCGAGGAAAACGAGGAAAUUAAAAAGUGGGUAGAGUUGAAAGCGGCCAAUUUACAAGACUUGGUCGCAUCGGGAACAAUCGAGAGCGUUUUAUUCAAGGAGUUGCAAGCCAAGGUAAAGCCCCAUUUAGCUGAGUUCAUGAGAAUGAUUGAUUUCAACAACAACAUCAAGCUCUUGUUCCAAUCUGACUGGCGGAAACAUGCUUGGAUUCGUCUUUUCUCUGCUAAACAAAUAUGUCUGGUGAGGCCUCAACAAGUCAGAGAUCUCAAAUUCACCUCUCGGUUCCCGUUCAGUACUGAAAUAAUUGACAAGUUAAGUUCUGUGUGGGUAGAUUCUCUGGAAAAUUAUGCCGACACUGAUUUGGAUGAUUGGCAAUUUUUUUUACAGAUGUUCACCAAUAAGGAAACAGAAUUAGCAAAUGAGUUGAACCAGAUUUCAAAAGCAGAAAAUGCUGUUGAUUGCUUUGUUCACGACUUGAUCAUGCAUGAAUUUUGUACAAUGUGGGGUAACAAAAGUGUUCAAGCUGAACUCGAAACUGUCCAGAAAUCGCUGGAAUCAAUAAUGAGUAGCUAUCUACUUCAGUCUGAAACACCCACCGUUGCAUUUUCAUUUGCUCACUUCAAGAAACUUUCGCCACAUUUAUAUGACGUGAGACCAAUUCUGAAGUCUUUCCCAUUAAUUUUUGAAAAAAAUUUUCAAAUUUUUCAAAAAAUCAUAAUUUUUGAAAGAUCAAAGAAUCUGGGCUCCAAAAAUUACAAAGAACUUGCUGAAAUGAUAGCAAAACUUGCACUCGAGCAGACAGAAUUAAUGGCCGAAAAAUUGAAACCUGUAAGCCGUAAGAUGGACCGGCGAAAAAUCCAGGAGCUUGACCAUUUAGUGUCUAUACUGAAAUUGUGCUCCGGGAUCGAGCUGUCAGACGAAGUCAGAUCCAACUUCAGAUUCAGACUGAACAAAAUUUCUAUUUUUUCUACAUACUUGUCCCAAAUUUCACACAAUCUUGACGACAUAGCCGCUAGAAAUGCGUGCACUGCUUGCGAUUCACUAUACAAAAGCACAGAUAGCGAAAAUGUGUUUGGGACUGAUUAUUUCCGAGCUCAAUUGCUUCUGAGUCUGAGCCUAUCUGCAGAAGCAAUUGAAAUCUACUGUGCCAAAGAACAGACGGGCAACAAAAACUGCGCCUUUUGCCCGCAGCCAAUGAAAACAGCCCUCUUUUCACAUCAAUGUUCAAAGCCUAUGGUACAUGACACUAAUGUUUUAGCCUCUCUCACAGAGCCUCGCAAGUCAAUCUGGAAACAGUUUCGGUUGAAUAUUGUCAACGCUUUUCUAGCAAUUGUCAAAGAAAACGUGAUAGAAAUCUGUGAGAAAGAUGCACUUGACAACUACAUUGAACUUUGCCUUAAAAAACAAGAUGAUGUGCCAUGGGUUACAGACCAGACCAAACAAAGACUGUUGUCACUCAUAGCAACGAGUGAUCGUGGUAGAAGAUUGGAUAACACUAUACAGGAUAUCAUAACAAGGAGCCGAAACGAAGUUGAUCUAGAACGAACAUACGAUAUGCUUCUGUCAGUUUUCGAGUUUGUCUACCGCAACCAAGCUCUCCAUGAUUCAAAAACUACGAAUAGUGUUGAAAUUACUGCCAGUCAAAUUCGAUUGGUCGCAAAAAUGAAAGUAGAGUUGCUUGAGUUUAUCGACAAAUCUAUUGGGCCGAAUGCAGAUACAGACCCACAACGGUUCCAGGGAGCAAUUCCCUCUUCAGUCAUGGAUAUUCUAAAGAGGGGCGGGGAAAGCGCCAAUUGCGCUCAAAAGUUCUUCAUACAAAGCAUAUGCCAUGACCACGGCAUGAACAUGUACCAAAAGGUAAAAACUAUUCCCCAAAUGGCUCCCUUGAUUCCUCAACUAUUACGAUCUUCUCAAACUCAACUUUAUUUUGAUGUUUUCUUAGUUUUGGGACCAAACUACCAAACGCUCCUCAGCGAAAUACGCAAUGCUCUGUUCAUCGCUGCCAACAGAGCUAUUGAAAGAUUAAUCACAGUUACCGAUGUACAGAUUAAAAACUUAAUCGUUUACCGUCUGCUGACUGAAAUCAGAUCAUUGCCAAGCGUACCGAAAAGUAUGGAACACUUUGAGGGAGCUGUACUUGAAAAUAAAGUAAGCGGCGUUAGUAGAAGUUUAAUUGAUCGAAACGAUAAACUCGCUCCGAACGGGGAUGCUCUAAGGCAGUUCGUCUUUUAUUGUCAAACUUUUCUUGAGGUCCAUGAAAGCUGUGGAUUCAUGGCACCAUUCAAAGAUAUCUUACUUGUGCGGCGGGGAAGAGUGUCAGGACUCUAUCUGCCGACGUUCCCUGAUAGUGUGAAUAGACGUGUUAGGCUAGUUGAAGAAGCAAUGCCAAGUGCAGAAUUUACCACUUGGAACACUUGUCCCAAUGGUCAUGUGUAUGCAAUUGCCAAUUGCGGUCGCCCUAGCUCUAGUGGAAAAUGUCCGGACUGUGGAUCGAAAAUAGGCGGAACAAUCGACGUCAGAGAUCAGGAUGUCACCGACUACAAACUUCCGCAUAAUUGGCAAGCGUUUGACAGAAGUUUCUUGAACGAGUUCAACGGAAAUGUCAUGCAACUAUUUAUUCACGCUGUGUUAUACAUAUGUAGCAAUGACGAAGAAAAGUUGAAAUGCUUGCGCGCAAAUGUUAAGUUCGUUGGCAACUCAAUCAGCCGGAGUGAGGAAGAUGUGUACAAAUUUCUGCUGACUGUUGUUGGGGACUCUUCCAUCAAAACAUUACAGGGCUCUUUUGAAGACGAAGACCAGCGCGAGGUAUGGGAGAUAAAAUUUAUAGAUAUUAUCAACGCUUCCCUGCAAAAAUUACCAGAUGUCAUUGCUGCAUACAACGAUUUAAUGCGGCAGAACGAUUUAAAGGAAGAAAAGAGCCUUCUCCAAGUUUUGACAGAGGUCAGCGAAAAUAGGAGCGACGCUGGCGUACUGGCAAACGAAUUCUUUUGGCGAAGACUCCCCAAAAUAACUUUGACUGGCAUUCAAAGCGAAUUGAACACAAAUGGCGACAAAUACAAAUUGCUUAGCUGCAUUUUCAGAGAUUGGACCAAGAACGAAGAAUGGAUACCACAACUAAGCUUAAUUCCUGAUCUAUUUGAACUUUUCAAUAGCAUUAUUUCGUAUUACGACCCAGAUACAGCGAACCGCGUACAGUCAUUUGAAGAUUUUUUGCUGCAGCGAAAAAUCCCGGUCCCAGUUAAAAGAAAAAUGAGAGAAACGGCUUCUGUUUUCUGCGGGCUAUGGAAUAGGAAAAUAAGACAUAUGUCCUUGACAUCAGGAGGCAUACAAUGCGAAUUCAAGGACGAUCUGAAGUUGCACUCCCCAUUGAAGUACUUUCUACCUUCUCGUCAUGUCAGCGACUGCUGUGCACUUGUCACUGUGAACAUUUUGGUCAACAAAAACAACGAACUCGUCCAAGCUUAUAGAUCGGCUCUGCAAAUUGACACACC